CACUAACACACACAGGCUGUCCUUGAACACCAACUUCCACGGACUUUUGGAUACUUUUCCAUGCUCUUGUAGUCCUAGCAGAGCAUCUCUUUCUAUAUCCUAGACGCCAGUUUUUGGACGCGACGCACCAUAAACAUACAAACACUGCUGCCCGCGCUGCUUCUGCAGCCUCACUUCACUCCACACAAUGCAGUCUUCCCCUCCAGCAAGCAUUGGGAAAGCGCGCACUAUUUGCGAGCUUUCGCGCAGCUUGAACCACAGCCCGCGCAACGUUCCAUCCCCAUCACCGCCGCCUAGCGACUCGAACCCUACUAAGCACUCAGGGUUCUGCACUGAGACGUCCAACUUCUUCAACGACCCAGACGUUCUCAUGUCAACACAACAGAACUUCGCGGACGAGACCAACACCCUGCCACAGUACCCGCGCAUUCGCUCGACCGCGAAGAAGAUGAACGCCUGGCAGCCGCUGCGCUCCGAGCAGAUCAACCCCGACACGUCCAUGGUAAACAAAGAAUUCGGCGACUUCGACCACAGCCUCUCGGACGGGGAGAGCAUCUCCGUCGAACAGGCGCGUGGCCUCAACCACAGCAACCGCGGUACACCGGUCAGGCAGAGCUCCGCGUUCCACAGCCUCUACGAUAUCACACCGCCUACAAACAGGACGCGCAAGUCAUAUGUCGCCGAGACUGGAAGCCUCCGGCGCGACGCACAGAUUCGACGCGCCUCGCGCAAUGACCUCGACACCGCGUCACCGCGUCCUGCCAGCAAGCGCACUUCUCCUGCGAUGCCUGCGAAGGAGAACAAGCGCAACUCUCUUGCACAGCUUCACGCGAAGCUGUCUGAGGAUGAGUCGUCUUUCAUGCAGGACCGUCCGCCCACAUUGACCGUCAACUCGACCAAGAACACGCGCUGGGGCAACAGGAGCCGUCAGACGUCCCUUCAGAUGGAUGGCAUUGUAGAGGAAGCCACACGCGCCAACGCGAAGCCUCAGUCGCGACCCUCGACCGCUCAGAAUGCGACUGCACAAUCCUUCAUCCUGCCUGACCUGCCCAAUCUCACUGAGCUUGUCUCUGGCGUAUUCGAGGACGGUACGCCUGUCUUCUCGAAGAACGCUACAACGCGAUCCCGCUUUGCUGCUCCUCCAGGCGGCGGCCGUCGUCCCAACCACGUCCCCAUCGACAGCGUACCCAUUCCUGACGAGGAGAAGGCCAUCUUCUCUGCGCUUCAGCAGCUGCAGGACAAGGUCGCGCAGAUAGAAGCUGAGCGGUCUGAGCAGGAUAGGAGGAUCGAGGAGCAGGAUCUUGAGUUGAUCGAGCUCAGGGCCAGCGCACAGGCUUAUGAGAAGUCGCGACGAAGCGAUAGCGCGAACGAUUCGGAUGCUGGAAAGGGGCAUUGGAAGGUUGAGAAGACGCGCCUCGACGCGACCGUACAGACCCUCCGAACGAAGCUCGACCGCGCCGACCGCAAAGUCGCUGUCCUCGAGAUCGAGAAGAAGCGAUUGACCACCGAACGCGACAACAUGACGAACCAGCUUGGCGUUGCUUUCCAAACCUGCGAGGAGCUGAAGAACGAGAAGCUGGCUUUGGCCGACGAGAACGACGCGCUUCGUCAAGAGAUCGAAUCCCUCCGAGGCGACAACGAUGACCUUCGUGAUCAGCUGAACCAGGAGCUGUCGCACCACCGCGAAGAGACUGAGAACGCGACUCUGAAUGCCGAACUGGCUCGCAUUCGCGCUCAGCACGAUGAGCACACUCAGCAGCUUGCUCGUCAGGAUGUCGAGCUGCGCAAGGCGCGUCAGGAGAAGGCCGAAUACGCUCGUCUUCAAAGCGACAACGAGGCGCUCAAGCAGCAGCUGGCGAACUUGAAGACCAAGCGCGAGGAGGAGGUCAAGAGAUGGGAGCGUCACGAAGCCGCAAUGAAGGCGCAAGUCGACCGCCGCGACGAGACUAUUCGACACUUCCAGGAUAUGACUCAGGAGCAGACCAACGAGGCAAUGCGACUGGAUAACGAGAACCUUCGACAGGAGCUUGCUCAGCUUUCUGCUCAACACGAGGAUGAAUAUGAGAAGUGGGCCAGGAAGGAAAGCCAGCUCAAGCGCAAGGUCCAGCAACGUGAGGCUGCUGCUAGGCAGACUCUGGAUCUGACACGCGAAGUCUUGAACAUCCGUGAGGCAAACGAGCAGCAGUUCAGUGCGCCUCAGAGGGACAACACCCGCCAGGAGACCCUUCAGCGCAAGCCUAGUUACCGCCGUGAAGACACGCGCUCCCGCAUCAAGAGCCGCGUUCAGCAGGAGUCGCGCAACAGCCGAGCUGAGAUUGCACAGCCUUCUCGUGUCCAGGAGAGCCCGCGCAAGGAAUACACUGGCGUCUCUAGGAAGGACUUCAGCAGGUCUCUGCCGGCGGACACCCGACGAAGCUUCUCUGCACCUGCCGCUGAUAAGAACGCGCAUGUGGACAGCGAUGUCGAGUCGACUACUGACCUGUCUCUGAGGCCUCAUGGCACUCCCUAUAUGUCGCGAAGCGUCCAGUCGAAGCCGACCAUCACUAUCCAGCGGCCUGCUGACUUAGACCUGACUGAGCUGAGCUUCAUCGGUAGCGACGUUAUUGCUCAACUCCGUCGCCAGUUGGAGGAAGAGCGCGCCAACGCGCGUCGUGCAUCAUGUGCACCUGUCGAGCAGACUAUUCGCGAUGAGACUGUCCGCUCGCAGCGACAAACUCGCGAGGAUACCAUUAGGUCCGUUGCGUCUGCUAAGAGCGAGCGUCGACCAUCUCUGGUCCGUAAAUCGUCGCUCAAAGACACCACUCGUCGCACCGCCGUGAGCCAAUCCGAGGACGAUGUCACUGGUAACAUGUCGAACCUGGACGCCGAUACCGAGGCCACUCAGACUAAAGACCUCUCAAUGCACAGCAACACCAGCCGGCGCCGCCGCAGCGCUCCCACUGAGAUGACCUCGGCCUUCAUCGUUCCUGACAUCAAGAUCGAAGCCCGCAGGCCAUCCAUCACAGCUACCACCAUCUCCAAGCACGACAAGAACCACGACAACGCCAACUGCACCGUCUGCCGCCGCGAAGGCCUCACUUCUUCCACCUCCGCCCUUCGCGUCCCCCGCCUCGUACCAGUCUCCUCCCGCAUGCCAGAGGAUGAAAUCGACGCGACCCUCCGCCCCGCCCGCUCCCCCAAGGAAGCCCUCGCCUUCGUCGUCAAAGAACUCCAAGACGAGCGCGCACACCUGCACAUCGAGCUCGCCGCACUCCGCGCCAUGCUUGAAAUGCAUGACGCCAGCCAGGGCGCCCGCAAGCGCGCCAAAAUCAACGCGAACAUCCAGGAAACCCUCCGCCGUCUCGAGAUCAAAGACGCGCAGAUUUACAACUUGUAUGAUGUGCUUGAGGGCCAGGCUGCGGAUGGUGAAAUCACAGAGCAGGAUGUUGAGGAUAUUACGGAGCAGAUUCGUGCUGAGGAUGCGAAAGAGGGUGUGAAUGGUAGUGCGGAUGUGGAUAUGAGCCAUGUCGAGAUGGAGAGGGGGAAGAAGGGGCAGGGGAAGAGAGUCACGAUCAGGAGCUUUGUGGAUGAGAGUGAGAGCGAGCAGGAGACGCAGACUAGGGACUUUGGGAAGGACGGGAUGAGGAAGACUAUGCUGGAUGACGAGACGGAGGGGUUGCCGUGGGAGGGGUUUGAGGAUAGUGAGAUUCCUGAGGGGUGGGGACGGGUGCAUUGA